AUGGAGGGCAGUACGAUACUCUAUGCUUUCAAUAACAUUUAUUUUGCCAUUUUUGCUUUGUUUUGUUUCAAACUCUUAAUCAAAAUCUCUUUGGCAUUACUAACCCAUUUCUAUAUUGUGAAAGGGAACAGGAAAGAGGCUGCCAGGAUAGCUGAAGAAAUCUAUGGAAUAGCCCCAGGCUCAUGGGCAGAUAGAUCUCCACUUCAUGAAGCUGCAUUUCAAGGGCGCCUACUGUCUUUGAAAACCUUGAUAGCACAGGGAUUCAAUGUGAACAUUGUUACAAUAGACCGUGUUUCUGCCCUACAUGAGGCAUGCCUGGGUGGCCAUGUUGCUUGUGCAAAAGUGUUACUGGAACAUGGAGCUCAUGUGAAUGCAGCCACCAUAGAUGGGAUCACACCUCUGUUUAAUGCUUGCUGCAGUGGCAGUGCGGCUUGUGUCAACAUGUUGCUUGAAUAUGGUGCCAGGCCACAGCUGGAGAAUCACUUCACUUCACCAAUCCAUGAAUCUAUCAAAAGAGGCCACAGAGAGUGUAUGGAGAUCCUUUUAGACAAUAAUGUAGAUAUGGACCAAGAACAUCCACAGCACGGAACACCACUUUACGUGGCCUGUGUGCAUCAGAGGACAGAUUGUGUCAAGAAACUUUUGGAACUAGGAGCUAGUGUUGACCUGGGUAAGCGGCUGGAUACCCCACUUCAUGCAGCAGCUAGAAAAUCUAGUGUGGAAAUCAUCAACUUGUUAACAGACUAUGGGGCCAACUUGAAGUGCAGAAAUUCUGAAUAUAAAUGUGCCCUUGAUCUUGCUGCACCAAAUAGUUCUGUUGAACGAGCACUGUUGCUUCGAGAAGGCCCUCCUCGACUUGUCCAACUCUGCCGACUGUGUAUCCGAAAGUGCUUGGGACGAUCGUGUCUUUAUGUAGUCAACAAGCUACAUCUUCCUGAACGACUUGAAGAUUUUCUUUUGUUCCGAUAGCUUUAUAAUUGUUUUAGUUUGUGUGUGUGUAUGUGUCUUCAAGUCAACUGUCAACGUAUGGCAACCCCGUGAAUGUCAUAAGGUUUUCUUGGGCAAGGAAUACUCAAAGGUGGGUUUGCCAUUUCGUUCCUCUACAGUAUAGCCUAGAGCACCUGGUAUUCCUUGGUGAUCUCCCACCCAAGAAGUAACUAGAGCUGACCCUGUUUAGCAUACAAGAUCAGAUGGGAUUGGGUACCUUUAGGGUAUUUAGACUGCUAUAAAUUGUUUGUAGUCUGACCAAAAAGGAAAAGAGAAAGUUGAAAAAUGGCAGGAAGAUUGUUUACUUUUAAAAUAUUAAAGAUGAAAAUCAGCAAAAAACAAAGGCAUCAAUUACUCUUUACCCUGUGUUUAUUGCUAUUAAUAAGCAAAACUGAAGGUGACAAGUGAAUUAUUUUAUGCCAAAAGCCCUUUCUAUGGGCUGCUGAAGAUCUCCAUCGUUUAAUACUUUGUCCUGAACCAAGCCAGCUUCCUUCAGUAAUUACAACAAAAUAGAUAUUAUUUUUCAUGCCUUACACUACCCACAGGGAAAAGUUGGCUACACUGAUUAUGCAUAUUUAUCGGGUAGCAACCAAAGUCAUAAUUCAGGUAAAAGUUUAUGUCAAAUUAAAUACUACAAACAGGAAAAUGUAAUUGCAAUUAAUGCUAAUAUCUGUGGUGACUGAGACAUAUUACUGUAACACUAUCCUGUAGCAUCUAGAAAUUUAAAACCUCUACAGCCUUUUUAAUGCCACAUAUGGUUAUUAGACAUGUAUUUUCUUAG